AUGGACCAGCUACCGGAAGUCAUCCGGAUCCCAUUUGAAGAAGCAGUGGACGAUGUGGAGCUCGAAGGCUGGGAGGACGAUUGGUUCUCUUCAGCCACGUACGACUAUGAAAGAAAGUUGGCGGAGCCGAAACUUGAUUUUGUCUACAACUGGGUCAACGGCUCGGAAGACGAAUUCAAGACUAUCAGACAUAAAUAUGAGCUGGUCUCCCCCCUCAACGACGCAGACGGCAAAUGGAUUUCUCAGCAUAGUAUCAACCGCUACAGAGAUUGGGAUGAAUUGCGAUAUUCUUUCCGAAGCGUUGACAGAUAUGCCAGAAAUAUCACAAAUAAGAUCCAAAUUCUUACCAAUUCCGUUCGUGACAACAUCAAGAGUGAGGGUGAGACAGAGAGCCUUCGACCACAGCAACCGACAUGGCUGAAAGACGAUGAUGCCGUGCGACAGCAUGUUGAGAUUCUUUCGCAAGAAGACUUCUUUGAUGGAACAGCAAGCGAAUGUCUACCAUCUUUUGACUCGCUUUCUAUCGAAACUCAAAUCUACAACACACCGUCCAAUGUCGACCAGCUGGUUGCUCUAUCAGACGACAUGUCUCUGGGCGCUCCUCACUCCGCAGCUGAUUUCUUUUCGCCUCUCUUCGGUCCAAUGCUAGGCUUUAAAUCAAAUCAUUACAACACCAAAAGUAUCGUCAAAUCCGAUGUUCCAACCUUUGGCGAGAAGCCUCACUUAUAUUACACAUCAUGGCUCCUCAACCAUAGAUUCGGCGAGCGGGAGCGCAAAGCUCAAGCACACUUCUCCCAUUCAAUUUCGCGCAGAGUGAUGAGAGAGGCCAUGGCAUCAUUUCCAAGUCCAGCUCUACGGGGGGCAUGCGAGCGCUUUCGAGGAGAGAGCAAGUACCAAAUAUACCCUUGGUAUACCGCAUUUCAUUAUUCCAUAGAGCGAUUCCGGGAAGCUCUGUUGUGGUCCUUCGUGAUGACUCGAAGCGACAUCAACGGCGACGGCUAUCUCGAUUGGUCUGAGCGACAAGUGCUACUCGAUGCUAUCCGGCCUGGAAGGCAAGCAAUGGCCAGAGAAGACGCUUCAACGCCCGCAAAACCAGCAGAAGGUCGAGAUCGGAUGUUUUAUCAGCUACCUUCGAUCCACAAGCAAGCCGGACUCCAACCGCCACUCUCGAACGUCAAAGUGCUCUGGACGUCUCUCGAUGGACCGGAAACAAUUCGCGAUGUAAAAUGUUACAAUUUCCACAUCGAUAGCUGCUUUGCCGAAAGUUUCGACUCCCCCUUGUCCGAUGCGUCGUAUCUCAACCCAGACUUCAGCACUGCGAAUAUCUUUGCUCAGCUUUCGCGCCGAGAACCGAGAUGUGGAGACUGUCUUAUCAAGUUCAUGCUCUCGACCGUACAGCGGGGUCUUGAGCCUUUACUACCGCCAAAGACGCUCCACCGGGAAAGGGAGACUGUCGUCAAGGCUUUACUGAAAUAUCAACAUACUGUCAUUGAGCCUGACGCUAUGUUUGUGAUGGUCAAAGAUGCCGAACAAGCUGAGACGGAACUCCUUGAUAGAACGAUCAAGUUGAAUAAGCAUGUUGGUCAGUGGUGUUUUAAUGAUGAUGUUAUGACGGAUGAUGGUGACGCUGUUGCGAAAGUUAAUCGUGUGGUUCAGACUAUGUUCAAAACGUUGUUUCCUACGAAGAGUAGGUGGGAGAAGUGA